CACAAUACUAAAAAUGUUUAUAUUCGUCUUUUUUAUUCCCGUUCUCUUCGUUGCUGUUCAUGCCGAUUGUUCAGGAGAAACAGCAAAUCUGCCAGACGCUCCCGUUGUUACUGUGGAUGGAAAAACAGUAAAGAACGCAACAAUAUUUACCAAAUCAUUAGGAAACAACGCAUUUUAUGACGCCAACAUCACUUGCAGCGUGGCUGGUGGGACCUCGUCAGUAUACCGGGUAGGGAUCAUCUGUGGGACGUCACUGCCAGUAAUAUCCACCGGACAAGUCGUCAGCAGUGUUUUCAGAAUACCGAAAGACUUUGAAGAGCGGUGCGUGUGCAAUGCUGAUCAUUCGUCAGGGUGCUAUGACAAAGCCACAUCGGUCUACUUUAAUUUGCAAUAUAUCCCUGUGACAAAGCCUGUAGUCGCAAUAAAAAACUCCAUCCUAGGUGACGGUAUUUUUAUAUUAGACUCUAGCUCCUACAGCUCAGCGAAGGUAAAGUGUGGUGUUUACGACGGAAACCCCGCUGUGUCUGAAAUCAUUUUGGUGUGUCAGGCUGCAAAUCUUCUCGUCCCGCCGUCGACACAAAUAGAAGAAUCAUUUCAAGGGAGCUUCACAGUUAAAGGAGACCAAAUAUGUACCUGUUCGGCUACACAUUCCACUGGCCUAUACGAUCUAAAAACAACAUUUGGUGUCAAAUUUCAAGACCUUAGACCGACCGUGAAAGUGAACGGGCAGGAAGGGACCAGCUUUCAAGCCGUCACGAACAAAACAGCCAGCACAGUCAGCGUGUCCUGUCAAUCAGAAUUUGGUGGUGGUGUGGCUGUGGGUUGUAACAUCAGCGAAGGUCUGGCAUUCAGGGCAAAGUCAAGUCCUGCUACAUUUCUUAUCAACACCGUCACGGACGGCUGCGCACACUGUUACUGUGUUUCUAGUCCUGAUGUGUACAGGAAGUUUUACAUCAACUUCGUGCAAGAUGGUCAGACACCACAAGCCUGUGGACACGCAACCUUGGGAGCUCAAGUCUCUUUCGUUUUGGUCAUACUGUCAACUGUCGUAGCGUUUAGACAAGCUUAUUUUUAGACAACUUUAGACAAGCGUAUUUUAGACAACUUUUAGCAAGCCUAUUUUUAGACAACUUUUAGACAAGCCUAUUUUUAGACAACUUUUAGACAAGCUGAUUUUAGACAACUUUAAGACAAGCUUAUUUUUAAACAACUUUUAGACAAGCGUAUUUUAGACAACUUUUAGCAAGCCUAUUUUUAGACAACUUUUAGACAAGCCUAUUUUUAGACAACUUUCAGACAAGCUUAUUUUAAACAACUUUUAGACAAGCCUAUUUUUAGACAACUUUUAGACAAGCUUAUUUUAGACAACUUUUAGACAUGUGUAUUUUUAUACAACGUCUAGACAAGUGUAGUUUUAGUCAAAUUUUAGCCAAAUCUAUUAUUUGUACGACAAAACUUUGUAAAUAUUGUCAAAAUGUUAACCUAAACUUAUUCUAAUUCUAGUAAUGUUGAAAUAUUACAAUUACUUAUAAUGUAUUGAUUAUACCAAUAACUGUAAUUACUUUCUGUUUCGUUUUGUUUUUUUGUUUACAAACAAAUAUAACGACUUAUUGAUUAUAAUCGUUAAUUAAAAUAAAACUGCACUUCGAACUUAUAAUGUUGAACUAACACUUACCAAACUAGAACUACCUACAACAAACUACGCUGAAGUCAAACUACAGUGGAGCUAACUUCACGUAUCAUUAUUAUCCUAUCAUUCAUAGGACUAAUUAGUCGUGAAUACUCAAAUUGUCAUUGUAGAUAUUGUCAAUUUGUUUAUUAUUAAACAACUAUCCUUUG